AUGGACAUCAUCUAUGAUCUCAUUGAAGAUGCCAAGCUCCGUCUUCUCUGGUGGGCUCUUUGUAUAUUCGCCAUUUCCUAUUUCUUCACUCAUACAAGUAAAUCUAUGUGGAUGAAUCUUCCCAUGUCCAUUCUGUUUGUUGCUGCUCUGCGCAUUCUUUUGAAUAAGGUGGAAUUCCGUUGGAAGGUUCAGCCACACAGAUUACAGACUUACCUAUCUCAUUUGGAGAAAAAUCAGUUGUCUCUGAAUGAUGAACGACUCUCUUCUUCACCUCCCCCUCCCAAAUGGAAGAAGAAGAUCGAUUCUCCUGUUGUAGAGGCAGCCUUGAAUGAUUUCAUUGAUCUGAUAUUGAAGGAUUUCGUGAUAAAUAUGUGGUAUUCAGACAUUACUCCAGAUAUGGAGUUUCCUGAGCUGAUACGAGACUUAAUCAUGGAUGCUAUUACUGAAGUUUCAGUGAGGGUUAAAGAGAUAAACCUUGUUGACUUGCUCACAAGGGACAUAGUUGAUUUAAUAGGGGAUCAUAUAGACCUUUUCAGAAGAAAUCAAGCUGCUAUAGGUGUUGAUGUCAUGUUAACCUUAUCUUCUGAGGAGAGGGAUGAAAGAUUGAAGUACCAUCUUUUGAAUUCUAAGGAGCUUCAUCCAGCACUAAUAUCUCCAGAGAGUGAGUACAAGGUUCUCCAGAGGCUAAUGAGUGGAUUAUUAACUACAGUAUUGAGAAAACGAGAAGCCCAAUGUCCUGUCAUUCGAUGUAUAGCUCGGGAACUUUUAACUUGUUUGAUAUUGCAACCUGUCAUGAAUUUGGCAAGCCCUGCGUAUAUCAAUGAGCUGAUUGAAUCCAUUCUACUUGUCCUUAAUGAUGAUGGUGUAAAUUGGAUGGGGGCCACUGAACAUUCAACUAAUACAACUCAUAAUCAUGGUCAUUCUGGUGCUGGGGGUGGACAUGAUAAUCAUACUGCCUCUGCUGAUUGGGCACAAAUGUUGGAGGCUGCAACUCAGAGAAGAACUGAAGUUCUUACACCUGAGAAUCUGGAGAACAUGUGGGCAAAAGGAAGGAAUUAUAGACGGAAAGAACAUAAAAAUUCCAAAACUGGCUUACAGGACCCUUCUAUGAAAUGUCCUGCAGCUGAUGCAAUUCCAGAAGGAAAGGGUGCUAUGCAUUGUGUGGGUUCAGAUCCACUCCUAGAUGUUGUAGGCACUAACAAGUCAGAGUCUUUACCUGAUCCUGACAAGGAAUUAUCUUUUGAAGCAGACCCUUACGGUGAUGAAGUGAAGGAAAUCAAGGAGUUCACUUGUAACAAAUAUAAAGAUCUAAAGAGAUCCAACAGUGCUUCUCUGUUAGUUAACCAAACUCAUCUUAAGGUAGGGUCCCCAAAGGGGUCCCCAAGGUCAGAUCUCAACAACCCAGAAUUUGAGAAAAACAAUGAAGGAUUUCGGGGAAAGGUUGGUUCUGACAUGGUUUUUAGAAGAGAGGGAUAUUUGGUUCCGAAGCUUCGGUGUCGGGUGAUGGGAGCAUAUUUUGAGAAACUAGGAUCCACUUCUUUUGCUGUUUAUUCAAUUGCAGUGACUGAUGGUCUAGAGAAAACUUGGUUUGUUAGAAGAAGAUACAGGAAUUUUGAGCGAUUGCAUCGACAUCUAAAAGAUAUACCCAACUACAUGUUACAUUUGCCUCCCAAAAGGAUAUUUUCCUCAAGCACAGAGGAUGCCUUUGUUUAUCAGCGUUGCAUUCAGUUUGAUAAAUAUCUCCAGGAUCUCCUAUCAAUAGCUAAUAUUGCUGAACAACAUGAAGUGUGGGACUUUUUGAGUGUUUCCUCAAAGAACUACUCUUUUGGAAAAUCUUCUUCAAUGAUGAGGACCCUGGCAGUCAAUGUAGAUGAUGCUGUGGACGAUAUUGUGAGACAAUUUAAAGGUGUUUCAGAUGGUUUAAUUCGAAAAGUUGUUGGUUCAUCAUCCCCUACUAUUGAGGGUUCUUCUACAUCAACCAGUCGGAACACAUGUUGGAACAUUGAUGAAAUGGAAAAAAGAGUUUCAAGGCCUACCACAGAGUGUGUGUUAAGCUCUGAUAAUGAGGAAGGCGAAAAGGAAGUUAAUUUUGGUGAUGAGAAUAUUGAUAAAGAAGCAGAAGAUAAUGAGUGGAAUUCUGACAAUGAAUUGAGCUCAAAGGAUUAUUUACAACUGCUAAUGAACCAUGGUAAUGGGUCUAUUAACUCGAAUCCAGAUAGAAAACAUGAUGCAACAAUGGAAGCUAAGGCUGGAAAAGAUGUUCGAGCUACAAAUUUCAAUCUAGUUCCUGAUUAUAUGGAGGAUCCAGUUGGAGUUCCACCUGAGGUGGUGAUGGAAGAUGCUAUUGAUGAUUGGAUCCUAAGUGAGAUUCACUGGCUCCGCAGAGAGGAUACCAUUGCCCAAGGGUUUCGGUGGGUCCAAGAUAUCCUUUGGCCAGGUGGUACAUUUUUUCUAAGAGUACAGACCCCUCAGGUGUUAAUUGGUGGAAGUGCAUGCGAUCAAAAGCCUUUACCAAGCAUAAUUGAAUCUGUUGGAAGCAGGUUGUCCAAAUCACAGUCAGGAUCUUUCGAGCUACAGCUUGAGGCUGCUCGUAGAGCAAGUGAUGUGAAGAAACUUCUCUUUGAUGGAGCUCCGGCAGCUUUAGUUGGCUUCAUUGGUCAGAAGCAGUAUAGACGUUGUGCCAGUGAUAUAUAUUACUUUACUCAGUCUUCUAUAUGUGUGAAGCAACUUGCUUAUGCAAUACUUGAACUUCUACUCAUAUCCAUCUUCCCUGAGUUGCGGAAUGUUGUUGUUAGUAUUCAUGAGAACAUCAACCUGUAUAAAGCUCCUUAA